AGACCCCGCUAGAAUCUAAAUUGUUUGGUGUCGCCACUGCGAGGAGUUCGCUUCCGUGGCGUUUGGAUAUGGUGUUUCUGUAGCUACGCAUACUUUUUUAUCGUGGGGACUGUGUACGCAUUGUCCCAAUUUUUCUUUUAUCUUCAUAAUCGUUGACUGGCGUAGGGGGUAGAGUGUAACAGCUCUGCUCAAAGCCAUUUAUUGGACCAGAACCAGAACCAGCCACUGCGAGGAGGCAAGACGAUUUUCGGAGUAAUCGCGAGUAUCCCGCCUCCUGCCAGCACGAGGAUCAGUUUUGCAUCAUUUUAUUGAAGGUGGGAUCCCACGUGCUUUUUUUUUUCCGGUCAAAUGCGUCGAUUACAACGACUACAACAGUGAGGCGUUGAGACACGACUGUGGUCGGUAGUUUCUACAUGACAGUUUAUUAUCUCUACGUCACUAAAGCUGCAAGAACCCAUUGAUAAGCGCAAAGCUGCCUUUUCUGGUAAGAAAACCUUCAAACCAGUCUUUCACCGGCACUGUACGAUGGCCGAUUCUAGUGACUUGGAUCGGCAAAUCGAACAACUGAAGAAAUGUGAGAUCAUCAAGGAAGCCGAGGUUAAAGCUUUAUGUGCCAAAGCACGCGAAAUCCUUAUCGAAGAAAGCAACGUCCAACGUGUCGACUCGCCUGUGACAGUUUGUGGAGACAUUCAUGGACAGUUUUAUGAUUUAAAAGAGUUAUUCAAAGUAGGUGGCGAUGUACCGGAAACAAAUUACCUUUUUAUGGGUGAUUUUGUAGACAGAGGAUUUUAUAGUGUUGAAACAUUUCUCCUCCUUCUUGCAUUAAAGGUUCGUUAUCCUGACAGAAUCACAUUGAUAAGAGGAAAUCAUGAAUCUCGACAAAUAACACAAGUUUAUGGUUUUUAUGACGAAUGCUUACGCAAAUAUGGAAGUAUAACAGUAUGGCGGUAUUGCACAGAGAUAUUUGACUAUCUAUCACUAUCUGCUAUCAUUGAUGGCAAGAUUUUCUGUGUUCAUGGUGGAUUGUCACCUAGUAUUCAAACAUUGGAUCAAAUCCGAACUAUAGAUAGAAAACAAGAAGUUCCUCACGAUGGGCCAAUGUGUGACUUAUUGUGGUCAGAUCCUGAGGACACCCAGGGUUGGGGUGUGUCACCUCGUGGGGCGGGUUACCUAUUUGGCAGCGACGUUGUUGCUCAAUUUAAUUCUGCGAACGAUAUUGACAUGAUAUGCAGAGCUCAUCAGCUGGUGAUGGAAGGUUACAAAUGGCAUUUUAAUGAAACUGUGUUGACAGUCUGGUCUGCACCAAAUUAUUGUUACAGAUGCGGUAAUGUUGCCGCGAUAUUGGAGCUCAAUGAACAUUUGCAAAGAGACUUUACGAUAUUCGAAGCGGCGCCACAAGAAAGCCGUGGUAUUCCCAGUAAAAAGCCACAGGCCGAUUACUUUUUAUAAUCAGAUCAUUUUUAGAGUACAAAAAGAAAUCUUCGGCGUUGAACCAGC